AUGAAGAUCCUUUGUCUUCAUGGCUACGGAACGAACCCUGAUGUUCUACAACAUCAGCUCUCAGCACUGAGACGAGAUGCUGACCCGAGCUGGGAAUUUGUUUUCCUCUCUGGCGAGAUUGAAUGCUCGCCUGCGCCUGGCAUCGGAGACACUUUCCCGGGACCAUAUUAUUGCUGGACUCGCACAUUCGACACCGAGUCGGUUGACGCAGCUCACGCCUUGAUCGAAGAGGCAAUCGAGGAGAACGGCCCCUUUGAUGGAGUACUGGGAUUCAGUCAAGGCGCCGCGGUGAUGGCCUCUUUCAUGCUGGAAUACGCCACCACCCAUCCAGAGGAGCCCGGUCCGUUCCGGUUCGCAAUCUUCUGCUCGCCCACGAUUCCCUGCGCCGCCGACUCGGCGUACAAUCAGGCUGUAUAUGGUUCGCUGUCGUCCGAAGACCAGCAACGUCUCCGCUCCGGCCAGGAAAUCCAGCUUGCGCAGCUCCCCGAGCCAGCCCGGUCGGUGUCCGAGGCGAUGCUGGAGGUCAUUCACAGCACGCAGUCCAUCACAGGCGACUCGGCCUCGUAUUUCUUCGAUCGGGCGCCCCAUCUCGUGCCAAGUGCUUUGCAUCCAAAUGCACUGCAGACACGCCUCGCAAUCCCCUCUCUCCACUUGCACGGGCGAAAUGACCUCCCAGGGAUGGGCAAUUUUGCAGCUCUUGUGCGAUCAUUCUUUGAUCCGAGUAACACUAAGACGCUUGAGCACUCGGCCGGUCAUGACCUCCCGCGGUCAGGGAUGGAGGCAAAGAAGUUCUUGUCUGGCAUGGAAUGGGUCAUGGCACAAAGCCAGUUGCCGAGCCUGUGA